GCUUCUUACCUCCCAUAACUCCUCCAGAAAAAUUCUUUCUUUCUCAGCUGAUGUUGGCCCCUCCUAGAGAGCUGUUCAAGAAGACUCCUCGGCAGAUUGCAUCAAUGGACGUGGGGAACAUGGCCCAAUCGGUGGAUAUAAGUGGGCUUCAGCUGGCCUUAGCAGAACGUCAGUCUGAGUUGCCAACGCAGAGCAAGGCCAGCUUCCCCAGCAUUCUCAGCGAUCCUGACCCAGAUUCUUCCAACUCCGGUUUUGACAGCUCCGUCGCCUCCCAGAUCACGGAAGCCUUAGUGAGUGGGCCCAAACCUCCUAUAGAAAGUCACUUUCGACCAGAGUUUAUUCGACCACCACCUCCACUCCAUAUAUGUGAGGAUGAAUUGGCGUGGUUAAAUCCAAUUGAGCCAGAUCACACAAUUCAGUGGGAUAAGUCAAUGUGUGUUAAGAACAGCACUGGAGUUGAGAUCAAAAGAAUCAUGGCAAAAGCUUUUAAAAGUCCCUUGACUUCCCCACAGCAAACACAG